AUGGGUUCAUGCAAUUAAUGUAUGUAGAGACAAGAACCGUUGUAAUAAGUAGCAAUAUAGAACAAUCCCGUGAAUUUAUUGGAGGAAAAUCAUAUUAAAAUGGCAAUAAGAAUUUAGACAGCAUAUCGUGCAUAUAUUUGUAGAUAAAGAUUUAAGUAAGAGUAUAAGUAAGAGAAGUAGAUAAGAAUUAGCGAAAAGAAGAUCCAUGAAUUAAAAGAGAAGUAAUUCAACAGAUGACUGUUUAAUUGAACAUCAUACUAACUCUUAUUCUCCAAGAAUAGAUCCUUAGGAGAAUCGAAAUGUAUUGCUUAUGAUUGAUUAUCAUGGGAAAAGGAAAAGUCUUUCUCAUUUCGGAAGAGAAUUUAGUGCUAAAUUAUAACCAAAAGAAUCAGAUUCAUUAGAUGAUGGUGAUUCUGAAUAAGUGGAAUAAACACCUUUGUAAUAGAGUACAUCUCCACCUAUAAAAUCUAUACGAUCUUCAUAGAAUUAAUAAUCUAAGAAAAUGUAAUCCUUUAGAUUUCGAUGUGUUUUAACUCAUGAAAUAUUAGAACCUAGGGAUAAGAUUAAAUUAUAAACAAUUAAUAAAAGAAUUAAAUUAGAUUCUAUUAAGUUAGUUGGUGGUAACAUUUACAAUGGUGAAUGGUUGGAUUAAAUGCCAGAUGGAAAAGGAAAAUAUACUUUCUCUGAUUAAUCUUUUUAUUAAGGGGAAUUCAGUAAGGGUUGUUUGCAUGGUAGAGGAGAAUUUAAAAGUAAAGAGGGUAAUACUUAUAGAGGUGAAUGGUAGAAUAAUAAAAUGCAUGGAUAAGGGAUUUAUAUGUAUAAUAAUGGUUGUAAAUAUGAAGGUAUUAUUAUGUAUAAUUAUCAAUUAAGGGAAUUGGGAAAGAGAUCUACCUAAUGGAGAAGGAAUGGAAUGGUAUAUGAAUGGAUCAGUAUAUGUAGGUAAUUUCUUAAAUGGAGAAAAACAUGGAUUAGGAAAAAUUACAUUCAUAACUGGAGAAAUCUAUGAAGGAGAAUUUGAAUUUGAUGAUUUUAAUGGAAAAGGAAUAUAUGUAUUAUUUACAGUAGAUUUAUCUAGAGAUGGCAAGAUGGUAGAGUUUAUGAAGGAAAUUGGUAAGAUGGAAAAAUGAAUGGUAAAGGCAGAUUAACAUGGCCAGAUGGAAGAUAUUAUGAAGGUGAGUAUUUUAAUGAUUAAAAACAUGGCUUUGGUAUUUUCUAAUUUGCUGAUGGCCGUAAAUAUAUUGGAUUAUGGAAAUAAGGACUUUAGCAUGGAUAAGGAGAAUUCUAUAAAUGUAUUGGAUAAAAUUCUACUAAAGGCAUUUGGAAACAAGGAAAACUAAUUAAACUUCUAUGA